UCCUUUAGAAUGCAUUGCGACAGUGUACUGCAUUACUCAUGAGGCCUUGCACUGCCACAGUGUACUGCAUUACCCAUGAGACCCUGCACUGGACGCUGGAGCGCGCGUGCAUGUGACGUAUUAAAUUUCAGCCGGGAGAAUCAAAGUAGCGUACAACAAAACAUCAUACUGAAGUCUGACAGACGUGAACGAAGGCAACAUGCAGAGGAAUAGUCGUCUGAAACGCGAGCUGCAGAUGCUCAGUACCGAGCCUCCGCCUGGAGUUUCCUGCUGGCAGCUAGAGGAGAAAGUGCAGGAGCUGCAGGCCCAAAUUGUUGGAGGUGCCAACACUCCAUAUGAUGGUGGCCUGUUUACACUGGAAAUAAAGAUCCCUGACAGGUAUCCAUUUGAACCUCCCAAAAUGCGCUUCCUGACACCCAUCUACCACCCCAAUAUUGAUAACGCAGGCCGUAUUUGUCUUGAUAUACUGAAAUUGCCCCCCAAGGGAGCAUGGAGGCCCUCACUGAACAUCUCUACAGUGCUGAGCUCAGUACAGCUUCUCAUGGCAGAACCAAACCCAGAUGACCCACUAAUGGCAGAUAUUUCCUCAGAAUUUAAAUACAACAAAGUAGUAUAUCUGGAGAAGGCACAAAGGUGGACAGCGAAAUACGCAACGCAAAAGAACAAGGGACAUGUGGAAGCAGAACAGAUGAUUCUUGAAGACCGAAGCAAUAAAAAUGCACCAAAGAGAGAAGCACUUUCGGCACAAGAGAAUGUGGAACCGCCCAAAAAAGUGUGCAUGUAGUUGUGUGUGUUAGUCGUCUUAAGAUUAUGAUGCGUGUUCAUGUACGUCUUACCUGUGUGCAUAUUUUUAAGUUCAAAAUGUUAAUAAAAUCUUAAACAUAACAGGCUGCCCAUGGGUCCUUUAAAAUGUCUUAAAUUCACGCUUCAAAGGUGUUAAAAUGCAACAGACACGGUAAAAAAAAAAAUUUAAUUUUAUUUUGGCUUGUUAAUUUUUGAGAUGGCAAACCUGUUUGUUUUGCACUCAGUGUGUGUGCGGCUCAUCAGUUUUUGAGCGGCUGGGUUCACAGUAAAUGCCGCUCCAAAACAACUUCAUCUCUGUCUGUGCUGUGAGUCGCUUAUAACCUGCAUUUAGAUGUGUGCCAGAUUCACUUUAGUUUUACGUUAGUGUAAUCUCAAACUUUUUUGUGGGCAGAGCUUUACAGCAUUUCACCUGUUUGAUAAUGAGAAGUGAAUAAAAUUUUUU